GUCAAGUGCAAGUUGUCAUCUUGCCCGCUUUAAGUUUGAGGGUUAAGUAAAAAACAAACAAAUAAAUAAAGUUCACAAUAUCUACUUCCUCUAACAAACCAGAGUAUACAAAUCUAUAUAAUUCUCCGUACUGUGCGAAUACUUAUAGAAAAUUAUGUGUUUACCGUUGGUAUAGGAAAGACCUUUACGACAUUAUGCUUAAAAUCAAAGCGUUGAAUCAAGAGUCUUCAUCGGAUGAAGACGUUCCAACGAUUAGAAGAGAAGCACAGGAGGAAAUAGUACUAGAACUGUACAAUAACGCCUUACGGGCACAAACAGAGAAGAAUUAUGAAUAUGCCGCAACUAUGCUUGAUAAAAUUCUUCAUGAAAAUAUACCCCAACUGGAAAAUAAUGGGGGUUUGCCAAAGUCAAUGUCCACAUUAAAAUAUUCAUGUUACGUCAAUCUUGGAAACAUUUAUUUGAAUCAGGAUAAUAUUAAUAAGGCUUUGGAAUGUUUUACUGAUGCCUCGGAGUUGGAUUCGACUGAUGUUACAUUAUGGUCAAAAAUUGGAAAAUUGGCUCUCAAAGAAGACAAAUUCAAUAAAGCAGCUUAUGCAUUUUCCAAGGGAUUAGAGUGCAAUGAGUCUCACUGGCCAUGCUUAGACAACCUUAUUUCUGUGCUGUACGCUAUUAAGGAUACUGUUUCCUGUUUGGUUUAUAUUGGCAAAGCAUUAAUGCUGGAUGCGGAUUAUACCAAAGGAAUAGUUUUAAGGAAGCAGAUAUAUAAAGACAAUCCAGCCACUAAGGAAUACUACAAACUUUUCAAUCCCGAUUACAUUUACGAGCCGAACGUCGAUAAAGCGGACGAAGAGGAUAUCCUUAAAGAAGCCGAAUGUUUGUGCAAUAGGGUAACUGCACUAGAAUCUUCAUUAGGUCCUAAGCCAUUGGAUACUAUACCUCUGCCAAAAAGUCCAGAAGAAUAUACAUGGUUAGAUUUGGCAAAAACCGUUAUAUAUUGCCACCAAUAUAUUACUGAGCACAAUAUGAGCCACUUCACAUACUUUGACAUGAGCAAAUGCAUGAGUCAGUCGGGAGAAAGCACUGAAGUUUUACCAAUUCAUAGGACAACUGAAGAUGUAGCGAUAAUCAAAGAUAAUAGCGGAGGCGAAGCCAAACCUGUCGAAAUUCUGGCAGAGACAUCGAGCGCUGUUGAGAAAAUGCAAACUGAACCCAUUGUGAUAGAAAGGCGAUUUUCGCAAGCAAGUGAAAAUACUGAUGGAAAUGAAAACUUGGAUAAUACAAAUACACAAACUGAUAACGAUGAGGAACAAAUAAUGGAACUGGAUAACGACAACGACAUGGAUGGCGAUAAUGCUGACAUCGCACAACAGAGAAGGAAAGGAAAGCGGAAACGAGACUUGCUUUCUGACUUGCAAAUAUGGGGUUGGCAUAGCAAACGCAAACAGCCGAAGAAAUCGAACCGGGAUUUUACGAUUGAAGAUGCGCUUAACAGGAUAAUUCCGAAAAGUUUGCUGAAGACAAAAAUCAAUAGCAAAAUGUUGAGUCCAGACGAAGAAGACUCGAUGAAUACUAUGGAUAUUUAUAACUUGUACAUGGAUACUAAAGACUUGCACCUGAUCUCACCUAUUCAUUCUCCAAUGUCGAUAACCGUUGAGCCAUAUUUUGGAACAGACCACGAAACCGAAGACGUAAAACAUUUUUGGGUUAAAGAGCGUUCUAUAGUGGAUGCAAUUGUAUUAGUAAAAGAACUAGUUUUUGAACUGUCUAAAUUCUGGGGACUCAAGUGGCCUAAAGAGCUCAUUCCGUUAUAUAUUGAGGCAUUCAAAAUGUUCAGGGAACACUACGAUCAACCUCAGCCAUUUUGCGGAGAUCAUUCAUUUGAGCAAAUAAGAGAAGAUGCUUUGGCGACACUCCUUUAUGGAGAACUACAUACUUUUAGCUCUGGGAGUACCGAAUCACUACAUCCGACAUAUCUGAGCUAUUUACAAAUUGUUAGCAGUUGGAAUGAUGAUUGGAAAGACGAGUUUUCAAUGGUUUUUAUGCGAUUUUAUUGGCUCCAAGCCCAUUGCUUUCAAAAGGCAGAUGACAACGAAUUAGCGAUUCAUGCAUUGGAAGCCAUUCUUGAGGAAAUUAAUGCAAAGGGAAAAGAAAUUGCUGAUAAUUUUACUCUUAGUCUUCCUAAUUGUAUGAAAUAUGGCUUCAUAUCUAAGGGCAUUAUUGAGACAAUGAUUAAACAUAUGAACAUGAUAAUUUCAUUAGGAAACAUAGAAAAUCUGUUCAAUUCUCAAAAAUACUCCGAAGUUGCUGAUAUUUUAAAAGAAACGUUUUUUUCCGGAAGCUACUCAAAAGUAGGCAGAAUGGGUAGACCGGCUCAACUGGGCAUUUUAAUGCAUUCGCUAUGGUUUACUGAUUGGGAGGAUUGUUUUAUUUGGACUGAAGAAUGUCUAAACGAAGCAAUCAGAAAUUACGUGAGCCGCAAUACCGAUUAUGAUAAAUGGGAAAAAAUCGUGGGAAAAUGCUUGGGCAUAUUCCAGGAAAUAAUUAAUAAGGAAUCCGUGAGCAUCAUAGAUAAACUUACCGAGGAGAAACGACGUCGUUUGGUUGAAAAUCUAGUGAAGAUAGUUUGUAAGCAAUUGAAUGCUGACGUGGCAUUAACGAUCCCUCUAGGAUCGAUUACAGCAUGGGUACUUUUGCAUUAUAUUCUGCUCAGGGAAGAACAGAGACAGUAUGCCAAUAAGAGAUUGAAUCAAGCAAAAAGAGAUAAGAUGGAUACAUCCAAAGAAUGUAUGCCGGAGCCAGUUGAGGAAGAACUACCUCCAUCUAUUGCGAUUCUUUUCUCAGCUCAUGAAUUCUUAGGUCCAAAAGGUUGGUGUUUGACGGGCAAUGGAGAACUACUACACUUCAUUUUAGACACCAUAUUGGACAGGCUCGAUACUCCUAUAUUUGAGCCAUUUAGGGAUAAAAUUGAUAUUCACAUUGAACAAGCAUUGUUUUGCCUUUAUUUAUAUCCUAGUAAAAAGAACAAGAUUUCCCGCCAUUUAGUUGACCACAACGUAAAUCCUAUUCCUCUAACCUGGCAGAGAUCAUUUCAACUGUACCAAUACUAUGCACCCGAUAGCCUACCGGAAUUCAACUCUUAUAAAAGUCAGUCCAUUUCGGCUGAUCUUGAGCAGUUAUUCAAACGGAUUAUUGGUCUAAUACCGAACAUUUGUGCUCUGUAUGAUCACUUACCUUUAAUUUUGGACUUUAUUAAUGGAAAAACCAACCAAGUUCCACAUUGCAUUGAAUUUCCCGGACGAGUUAAAGCAAUUUAUUAUCUUCUAGGAGAUUACUAUUUUAAAGAAAGAGAUUUUGCAAGAUGCAUUAAGUACUUCCAACUGGACAUAUGCAUCAACCCGUUGCGCGUAGAUUCAUGGGCCGGCCUGGCUCUUAGCUAUGCAGCGCAAUUAGAAAAUUCGCUUAAUUACUGCGAAAAACUGAAAAAUGAAUCGGAUUUUUUCGAUAAAGCUAAAUCGGCGCAGAUGUGCUUUAGGCGAGCUUUGGAACUUGAUCCGGAAAAUCUAGUAUUAUGGAUUGAAUGUGGAUCAUUUGAAUAUUUGGUUCAUUCAUUCUGUUCUCGUUUGCUCAAAUACGAAUCUGAAAACUUCAGCAUGGAAAAAUUUGAAUUGCUCGAGUCUGAAAAAGAAAGUUAUCUGGAUAGUUCAGGAAAUAGCUUGGAGCAUGCCAUAAAGCUUUAUGAGAUCGAUAGUAGUAAUGAACCUGAUGAGCGGUGGCUGCAAUACUAUAUUUUAGGCAAAAUCGCCGAGAAGAAACGUAAAGAACCAUCUGAAUACCUACAGUACUAUGUAACAGCAAGCAAUCUUCUGAAUGAAAACAAGGCUUUAUACCCUGAAAAAAUAUCGUAUAACAAUCCUCAACAUUUAUCCGUGGAAGCUCUGGAACUGCAUUAUAGAAUUCACGCGUCCAUAUUGAAGUAUUUAGAGUUGCAUGAAGGCAAGGCUAUAACGAAUGCAAUGGGCAUUUUUUUUAAAAAGUGUCUAUCUACUACCGCCAAACGUUAUACCAUUGAAGUGCCGCCAUCCCUGCCAACACCGCAACUUGUUGAUGAUGCAAUGAUGAUAACAACCCAAGCGGCUUCGACAAAUUUUCAAGAUCAAUUUUUAACUUCAACAGAAGUCGAAGAUGAGGGCGAAGCACAAAAGAUCGUUAAAAGUUGCUUGGAAGAUUUGCUUGGCAAAGUUGAAAACAUUAUUAACAAUAAAAACAGUGUUGAAGUGCCAAAGGCAAAUAUCCUAGAGACCAGAGCAGAGGAUACUGCAGUUAAAUCGGAUAACUCACAAGACAUGGAUGUUACUAUCGUCGAGAAUGAAGAAGUCAUAAUGAUUAUUUCAGAUUCGGAAGAAGAAAACAUCGAUGCACCUGAUAUCAGUUUAAAAAAUAAUAAAAAAGAAACUGUUGAAAAAGUUUCUUUUUCCCAAGAUGAAAAAAUGAUUGUUGAUGCCAAUGAAGGAAUUAACGAUGUCCAGCUUGUGCUGGAUCAGAUGAUGGAGCAAACAAUGAAGAACACAGAGUAUUCGGAUCAUAAUAACAGUGGACAAAUUGAAAGUGAUCAAGUGGUUUCGAAGGAUGAUUCAAAUUCAAAAGAUCAGGCAGCCCAAUCUAAGGAAACCGAUGAUCCGAAAGCCAAAUCUCUUUCGAAUGAAACGCAAAAUCUACCCGAGGACAGUGAGCGCGCGAAAGAGAACAAAAAACCUUCAGGCGAUGAAGAGUCUUCGAGUUCUUCAUCAUCUAGCAGCAGUGAUAGCAGUAGUUCCGACUCCGAUAGUGAUGAUUCCGACAGUUCCUCGACAUCUUCCACCAGCGAUUCGACUAACGAAAAUAUUUCACACGGUGAAACUCUGCAAAUAGUAGACAAGUGCGUUCAGGGUCUGGAAAUUUGCGUCUCGCGAUUACCCCAAAAUUAUAAAGCUCUAUACAGGCUUUCACACUUGUUCUUCAAUUACAAAGGACGCAAGGAUUAUGCUAAGUGCAAACAGUUACUGUUGGGAGAGUACAAGUGCAAAGAUAAUGUAGCGAUUAAGGGAUUAUUUUCGGAAAGAACCAGUAAGCACUUCUUUAAUGGAAUCUGGAGAAUACCGUCCACGGAAAUAGAUAGACCAGGCUCUCUUGCCGCUCAUAUGAAUCGAUGCAUUUCGUUGGUUCUUCAAGUGUUGAGGAACACCAAUGAUACGAAAACUUUAGUAGAGCUUUGUAUGCAACUGAAGAAAGCUCCAGACAGAGAUAAAAUUUACAUUAAAGAUAGUGACAGAGUUAGCUAUUGUGAGCAAGCUAUGGAGAUGUGCGUGCAGAGCUUCAGAGGCCAAAUAACAAAUAUCCCCAAUUUGCAGAGCCAGCAAGUAACAAAGUUGUUACAUGAUAUAUUUAGAAUAUAUCAGCGAACUCAAAAAUAUAUACCGAACAAGGAAUCGACAUUUUCCGCUUUGCUUAUUAAUGCGUAUAAAACGUACAUGAAAGAGGUUCCUGAAAAUGUGAAUGUGCUAGAUUUGGCGGUAAAAUUCUGCCAACAGCACAAGCCACUUGAAAAGCAGAAGAGCGGGACUUCAACUCCAAGCAUUAGUUAUGCGGGCCGAAGUCCUGGACUUGCCAAUAGUCCGGUUCUUCCUACCCCGAAUAUCUUACUACCUUCACAAAAAUCGCUGAAGCCACCAGGAGUAAACAGACCCCGCGGACGUCCUCCGCUACCUAAAAUGCCAGGCCAGAUACGCCAAUCUCGAGCAAAGAGCCCAAGCACCCGAACUAGCGGAGUUGGUGCUUAUCCUUGGCAGAAUCCCAUGUACGGUGCAAAUUUCAAUUAUGAAUAUUUAAAGCACUACCAAGAUGAAUUAAUCAAGCAGUACAGCCAAAACUUAAGUUUAACUCAGCUUAAACAUUUAACUAGUUUCUUUACCAGCGGACAACUGAAUAAUCCUACAGUUGCUCAAGCGGUGGCAAGCCAAUUUUUAUCCCAGGCCAAUUUGUACAAUUCGUCAAACCCUGGCUUACUUAGACCUCCUACUUCAGGUGGGGCUGCAGCAUCUUCAACGCCAUUGUUAAAUCCCACCAAUUUACUCAGAGGUUUCAAUACUCCACUUUCCACAACGGUUGGAAGCACUCCACAGGAGCAGAUGAAAAUUUUGGAGUCCCUGUUGCCUAACAUGACAAAGCAGGCGUGUGUGAAAACUAGCAGAAUGAAAAGCACGCAUUCGACUACAUCAACUGCAGUAAGUUCGUUUAAACAGGGGCACAGUGGAAAGGCGCACACCACACUGGCAACUUCGAAGCUUCAGCCCGAUUAUUCAAAGUUAAAGGCGACCGCAAGGCCGAAUUUAAAACCAAAGUUGGGGCCCAAAUUUGCCCAUCCCAAUUUGAUGAAUCACAUUGAGAGUAAAGCAGCCAACUUACUAAUGAAGGACCGACCAAGUAUUUCGAUCACACCGGUGGGAAAUUUGCCAUCAACCCACGUUAUUGGACAAAGCACGUCUAAACAGGCGCAAACCAAAAAUGCAUCUUCGCCUUUGCCGCAUGCGCAAUUUUCUAGCUACAGUAUACCGAAGCAAAAAUCCAUGUCUGCGUCGAGUCUUAGUGCCACGAAGCCUAUUCAUACGUCGAAUGCGAGCAGUUCUGAUAGCACUUUAUCCCAUAUGAAGCCAAAGUCAGCAUACACAUCAACAAUAACAAGUUCGGCAACGUUUACGAAACCGGCUCCAGUAGCUACGCCUCAGUUUUCCAACUCGGUUUCAGUAGUUCAGGCUCCUGCGGCCCAUUCUUCUACCAGCCCGAAAUCAGCACAUGUUAUGCCAGCUACUCCACCGCCAGUGUCCAGUCCUUCAUUUUUCAAACCAGCUUCAACAUCGGGAAAAACUCUGCAAGAGAAGUUGGCCGACAAGAAGAAGGAGCAAGAUUCGAAGCAAAUGCUGAAGAAUAUGGAAGCUGAAAAAAUGGUUUCAAAGUUGCCUUCAAGCUCUGCUUCCGGGUUGCUCAAGAGCUUAAAUAUACCGAACAUCCCAUCCUCUCUAACAGUAUCGCCGAGUAUGGCAAUGCCUGGCAAAGCACCUUAUCUUAUGGAAGCGGAAAAGCAAGCGAAUUUUGGGAAGUAUCCGAACCGUCACUUGGAACAAAAUGCGCCUUCUACGCUAACUGUGUCUCAAGCUCAGCCACCGCCUGUGUAUAGUCCAAGGUUCUCCAGUGAAUCCGGAAUUUCGAUAAGCCAGGUGGUAUCUCCUAAAACAUGCAGUAAUUCAUCAGGUGCAACACAACAAACUUCGGGGCAUAGUCAGGUUGACAAAGUCCAGUCACACACUAAGAGUUCGUCUCAAUCAAAAUUAGUGAGGGAUCCUCAGAGGCACCGAUCUCCUCAAAUAUCUCCUUAUAAAACUGGUGCAACUAGCAAGUCAAAAGCCCCAGUGAGACCACAAAAGUAUUACGGUUUAUCCUCCAGAGACCAAAUUUCUACAAGUCCCCGGACGGCGCCAAAUAAAAAUAGCAAUAUUGACAACGCCUUGUCGGUCAUCAAGAGUAUUCCGUCUAUUGAUAUUACUCCAUUAUCCACCACUGGAGCAAAAAGUAAAAC